CGAAAAUUAUGUGAAAAUCCCGCGAAUUAUCCAUAACGAAGUGCGUCUGCAAGCAGAUGACGUUUCUGCGCUUCAGCUUUCCUUCGGUGCACCGAAGUGGCCCUUGAACGUUAGACCUGCACGCGCGAGCGUCACCGUUUGGAUUCGAACGCGCACGAGCUACACGACGUUGUCGUCUUCUUCAUCAACACACACACACACACACGCGCAUUCGCACGUUUUCGUUUCCUGACGGUUGAGCGCAAUCAAACCUAAACAAACGACACCCAACGGUUUUCCCCGGCAGUGUGACCGACAUGAGUGGCGAUAGGGCACGACCGCACGCGCGCCCAAAACCAAACCAAAACACAGCAGAGAGAAAAAAAAAAAAAACUGACUGCUGGUGAUGUGGUGGUGUUGUUGUUUGAAUGGAGCCUUCUCUUGCUUGCUUGGCGCACUCGCGUCAUGGCCAUAACCUGUCUGUGUCGCUUGCUGGCCGGCUUGCCUGCUCGUCAUGGCCAUUUCCCACGACAGCAGCAUUCCAGCGACACCACCAACCAACAACAGCACAAACGUGUGCUUGCUUCUUCUUCCUUGCUUCUGCUUGUCUUGUUCUGGCUAGCUAGCUAGCUAGCUCGCUCGCACUCAGGCACUCAACCCUUGUUGGUUCAUUUGUUCAUUUACUCUUUCCAUUCCACCUUCACAGCACCUCAACCACCCCAAAGCAACCUGCCGGUGUUGGUUUGUUUUCCCCCAGCCAACCAUAGUUUGGGUGCAACAGUCCUCGUUCAGCGCAGCACGUGAAAGUGGUUCGUGCACAUUAUCUCUCGACUGUACACGAACACCACGAACACCCCAGCAGCACCACUCGUCUUCGACGGGUAUCGUCCAGCAUUUUCUCCACGAACCCAUUUCGUGCCACCAGUCGCAUAAACAGCAGCGGCAGCACACAACAGCAGAUCUCCACCGCGACAUGAUGGACCAUCAACACCACCAAGCACAGGCACAGCAGCGGCGGUGCAGCGGCGACGAUCGCACAGACAGCAGCUGCUCUUCCUCGCCAACCUGGCCCAUGUGGGCCACGGAGGAGACGGCAAACGGCCACGGGUCAGUCGCCAAGCGCAUGGUGGCCCAGCGGCCGCCCUGGCACCGCAACUCUCCGCUCGCCUCCGUCUCUGGCAGCUGCGACUCGCUCCUCGCUGGCCAGGAUGACGAUGGCCGUUGCGUGCAGUCGCCCCCACCCAUUGCGUCCGGCAGGACGCCCCACAGCAAUGACGGCGGCGAUGAUGGCGACGAUGGUGGCAACUACAACAGCGACCACGACGACAUUGACGACUUUUCCGAUGCCGAUGCCGUGCGUGCAGUGCUCGGCGUUGCCAACACCAGCAACAACAACAGCGACAGCAACAGCAACAGGAGCAACAGCAACAGGCGCAACAGCGAGGACCAUGACGGUGCCGGUGAUGCCGGCUCUGUUGACUCACACGUGUACGAGGAUGUGGAGGACGAGGACGAGGCAAGCGUGGGCACGGUGCCAAAGCUGCCACCGCGCAUCUACCGCUGGAGCAAGGUGCGCAAAGACAGCGGUGUCUGUGUCGUGUCCGCAACCACGUCCGCGUCAUCCUCUUCAGCCCAACUCGACAUUCCCUCCCCAAUCAAGGAGGCCUCCACAUCAACCGCCACCAACGACGCAACAACAACAACAGCCACCAACACCACCGACACAACAACAACUGCGAGCAAGGACGAGGUCGCACCAGCGCAGGCGGCACUUGGCAAGCUGUUUCCCCAGCAAGGCAAGCACAAGCAGCUCCGGCGCCCGCUCACGCCGCCACAGCACCAGCCCAUCAUCGACGCCGCAGCUUCUCUCCCGUCGUCCCCGCUCGCGUCACGCCGCUCGUCCGUGCCGGAGGACCUGCAGCACUUCCAGCAGCACCACCUCCACCAGCAACAGCAGCCGCAUCACCAGCAGCCGCAGCGGGCCCGGCGCGGGUCUGGCCCGUCUUCGGGUCCAUCGUCGCGCGGGCGGUCGCCAUCGAUGUGGCAGCUGUUGUGGCAGCCCAUCCAGCGGCUCUCACGCUCCCGCUCCCGCUCGCCGCACCCGGCCGAGGCCAGGCCAAAGGGCAAGGGCAAGGGCAAGAGUGGCAACACGAAGAAGCACAAGCGAGGCAAGGCAAGCAGAGGUGGCAGCGGCAGCGGCAGCAACACCCCGCCCGUGGUGGUGAGCAAGGCAGAUGCAAAGCGCGGCUAUGCCGUGCCGCAGGAUGCAGUGCUCGCGCCACGCGACGGCGUCGACUACAGCAGCGUGGACAACAGCAGAUGCACAAGCGCAUGCAGCAGCGUCAGCAGCACGGGGACGAGUGUGAGCGGGCUGGACACGUUUGACCGGGAGGCGGCGCUGCGGUCGCCAGAAUACGCGCUGGUGCCGGAGGAAGCAGACGGAACGGUGCACGAGCUGCCACGCCACCGUGACGGCGACGACAAUGACGACGCCUUUGAUGGUGAUGGUGAUGAUGAUGAUGAUGAUGAUGGUACGGAGGUUGGGGAUAGUGAGAGUGGUAACGACUGCAGCAGCGCGUGUGGGGACGAUGCCAGCAUUGCCACACUGCAGCCACCACAGCACGACAGCCGUGGCACGGACAGCGACGACGUGCAAGCGCAGCAGCACGAGCAGCAAGAGCAGCAAGAGCACGAGCAGCAAGAGCAGCAGGGGCAUAAGGAGGUUAACAGCGCAGAGCAGUGCAGUGAAGAGGCAAGCAGCAACGACGUCGACAGCUUGGUGGAAGGGCGAGAGGUCAACUGCGGUGGCGUCGUCGUCACAUACCACGCCGUGCCCAGUGUGCAGCAGUGCACCCACUGCAACACGACGGACAGCCUGCUGUCCUCCUUUGGCGGCAACACGCAGCACCAGGAGGCGCAGGCCCUGCUUGACCGCAUCUACACGCAGAUUCCCUCGCGCCAGGAGCGGAGCCAGACCACGGCUGCCACGGGUGCAGUGACGCCAGACAAGAGCGUUGGCGGCUGGCUCAAGAACAACAUGCUUCGCCGCAACAACAACGGCAACGGCAACGGCAACACCAGCAAGCAGCAGGUUGCAGCUGCGCAGCUUGUGCGCGUUGGCGUGCCAACCCAACCCAUCGACGACGGUGCUGACAGCAACAAGGCAACAGACACGGCAAGCGACUGCAAAGGAAGCGGCGUCAGUCUUGUGUCUUACGACAACAACGACCUGUGUGCUGAGGUGUGCUAUGCCAUGGCAGACCCACCGCAGCACCCGCUUCGCCGUGGCGUGCAUGGUGUCCGUGGCUCCGAGCAGGAGCUGGACAGCGAUGAGGACAGCGAGCGCUACGACGAGCUGAGCGACUUGAGGAAGAGCGUGGUGUAUGCAGAGGUGAACAAAGCGGGGCGCGGCAAGCAUGCACGACACGUGUCAGCCACCCCAUCGGAGUUGAGUGUUCGUAGUGACGGCUACGCUACUGUUGGGCCUUCCACCUCCGGCAGCGUUCGGAGCGGCCGAUGGCAGUAGAGAUUGUGUGAAGGCGUACCUGAUCGCCUGACCGACUUGCUUACAAUAUUAUUCAUGCGCAUGCGUGUGUGCGGGGAGGGAGAGAGAUGAAUCGCGGCACACCUUCCUCGUUUCGUUCCUUUCGUCUUACCACUUUCUUUGCUUGCCUAAUUAAAGAAUCGACAUUUGGUGAA